UCCGCAUGAUGAAAGAAUGGUGUAAACACAAAGACAUCAGCUGUAGUAAAGUUAGAAGUAAAUAUGGAACAUGAAAGCUCCACUUUGGCCAGUAAUGUUAGCACUCGCUGCCCUUUCUUCGCCACAGGCCCUGACGACUACCACUGUGAUGUAAUCCUGACAGUGAAGAGAGCCACAGGGACCUUCUCUCUGAUUGGCUGCUUAUUCAUGCUGUUUGUCAUAUGGCUGCUGCGCAGAUACAACUCCUUGGCUCAGAAGAUGGUGGUGAGCCUGACGGUGGCGGCCUUCUUUGACAGUGUUGCCUACGUCAUGGGCGAGUCUCAUCCUGUAGGCUCCCUUUGCAACUUUCAAGCCUGGUGGCUCACGUACUUUGACUGGUGUGCCUUGGCCUGGGUUUGCCUCAUCACACUCAAUCUCUAUCUCAACCUGGUUCAGGAGAUCAGGACCGAACACUACGAGAUACCGUACCACCUGCUGGCCUGGGGGGUGCCCAUGGUCAUGGCCAGCCUCCCCCUCUUUCUAGGCUACUAUGGACCAGCCGGAGCCUGGUGCUGGAUCACAGAUAGCCAUGUGGCCUGGAGGUUUGGCAUAUGGUAUGUGCCACUCUUCAGCCUCAUCUUCCUCAUGAUCUGCUGCUACGCCCGCAUCAUCUGUGUGGCCAAUCAGAGGAUGCAGUCCUGGAUUGGCACUUUCAACCCUGAGCGUGAGCGCAGGAAGAUGGCCCUAGCUGAGGAGAUAGGCCCUCUGAAGUGGUAUCCAUUUGUGUACCUGCUGGUGUCUCUGUUCCCACUCAUCAACAGGAUCCAUAAUUCCAUAUACCCAGCGUCUCCAGUGUUUUCUCUGACUCUACUGCACGUGCUCAGUGCGCCGCUGCACGGUCUGGCCAACUCCUUUGUGUUCAGCCUGGACGCCUGGAGUCAGCUGAGCACUACAGGCCUGAAGCUGGCAGUGACAUCCCGCCUGUGUGACCAGACGCGGAUCGGCGAGUAUCACCCUGCCUACGUACGCUACACACACGACCUGGACACAAACUCGGACUCGGACGACGAAGACAACAACAUCCUCUUCUAUAGCCCUGACAUGGCCCUGAAGGAUAGAGGGCCCUGAGACAGAGAAAUGGAGAGACAGAGAGAGACAGAGAAAUGGAGAGAGAGAGAGAUAGAAAGAGACAGAGAGAAACUGAAUGGGAAACUGUAGAGAGAGGGGGGAGUGAGAGGAGGAGGAGGAGGAGGAGGAGGGGAGAGAGAGCCAAUCAGCUUGGAAGAGAGGAAAGGAAGGGAAGAGUGAGUGUGACGCGCACAUACAGUAUUCGUCUGAUUAUUUAUCAUGGUAUUCUUCUCCAGAGGUGCCAUAGCAACAGCCGCUCGUUAGGCUCAGAUGCCCCCUGGCAUCCAUGGGUGGUUCUGGGGGGUCAUCCUAGGACCCUGGGAGAGUUUGGCCCUCUGUGCUCUCCGUAGCUGCUCUCUGUGCUGAAAUGGAGGUGGAGAAAUGCUCCAUUGUCUCAGAUUGAGGUUCCUGUAGCUGUAUUACCACCUUUCACCAGCAGAGGGAGAUGUUACCUUUUCUCCAUCAAUGUUCACUUGUGGCACUAAUAUUCUCUUUCCCGCCCUUACACACGUGUGCUAUGGAUGUUUUAUACGCUUUUCUACCACUCAUUUGUUUAUUUUGUAAAGUUGCAUUGUGUUCAGUGAUGGGACACAGUUGUGUUUUCUGACUAUUUAUAUUUAAACAGAACAGAAUGUUUGUUAUAUUUUUGUAUGAGUGUUUUAAAGGGAACAUCUGGAUUAAUAAAUUCAUUUAUCCUGCCCGAC